AUGACAUUUGGAUCACCAACCAUUCAAUCGCGUCAUUCAUCAGUUCAAGAACCUCAUCCCUCGCCCACAUCUGCUAUAUUCGCAGGCAUAGACGAUGAGCUUCGGGAUGCCUGGCGUGUUCAUUCUCAUGGCCAAGAAGAAGAUCUCAGAUAUGCCCUUGAUCGUGUAAUCAAGAGAGUGGAAGAGCUAUCGUCCUUGCUCAAGAUCGCGUACAAGACUCAAGCUGAACUAGAGACAUCAUUGAGCGUCGCAAAGUCUAAUUUACAACUGAUGAUGUCCAACAAUGAGAUGCUUGAGGAAGCUCUCAAACGUGAAACCCCCUGCAGCGCGAAAGAUGUUGGGUGGCGGCGCUGGAGUGCACGAGAAGCGCAGAACAUGCAACGUGUAUCAGAAGAACAUCGAAGGAGUCUCGAUUAUGGCCCUUUGAACGACUCGGGCGCACCGUCCCACCCCGAGAGUGCUCCAUCAGUUGUUGUCAAUGGUACAGAGCCAUCUCCAACUACCCCUUCUCUGGCGACUUCAUCUACAGCUUCCCAGAAUAACCAGGAGGGUCGUUUCUUCAGAUUCAGGUUCAAUAGUGGAUCUAAGCCUCCCGUUGUCAAUUCUAUUCAACAACACUCUUCUCAUUUAACGUCACCUUCCUUGCCAACUCUUGUAGCAAGUACGAGAGAAAAAGAACUUUUGGAGCUUCAAGAGCAGCUUGAACGGGAACGCCUUGCACAUACAUUAGCGAAUGCACAGAAGGCUGCUAUUGAAGCUGAGCUAGAGUCCUUAUCACAAGCACUCUUUGAGGAGGCAAACAAGAUGGUUGCGACUGAGCGCAUUAAACGCGCUGAGACAGAGGAAGAACUACAAGAAGUACGGCUAGAGAAGGAUGCACUCAAGGAAGCACUGCGGCUGAUCGAAGGCGAAAAUGGUCGACUUCGGGGUGUGCAGAGCUCUGCAGGAGGGGUACCAGAUAAAACUCCACAACUGCCAUCUUCACAUUCUCGAAGUUCUUCGCGAGACGCAAUAAAGUCUCCGCCGACAUCUCCUUCACCCUCGUCUCCGGCUGUUGAUGAUGUUACUGUACCCUUGGCGCUUCCACCAAGUGCCGCCUCAUUUACCUCAGACAAUCCGGAGCAUCUCACAGAUUUCACCCUUGAGCCAGCACCGAAACCUACAUCUGCAGCGUCUCACCGGAAAACGCAAUCCGUGGAGAAAGCGAUCUCCAACCAUGCAGACAAUUCUCCUCCCCUGGGUUUGGGCUUCGCCAGCCCGACGUCAGUAUCCUUUAUACCUGAUGAACCAUCCCCUUGGAACUGAUCUUAGUACAUAUCUUGAAGUUUGUUGAAUAUUCACUUUUUAUUACUGUAGCCAUAGGAAUCUUCAUUAGGUAUUCCUCCCAUCGCAGCGAACAGAAUUGUUGACGUAGUAUUUGCCACCGGCCAACCUACUACUAUAGAGGUGAUACAGUAGCCAUUUCUAUGGUGAAAUUAAUAAUCUGAAGCUGGAUGCAAUAGCAUUACUUACUACUUACAAACUUUCGGGAUCUGGAAUAGCCUAGUUGAACCCUUCAUAGAAUAGUUUGCGG